CGCAAGCAAAACAAUCCUGUGAAACAAAAAAUGGCCGAAACUACUGUUGAUUUGUUGUGUAAACAAUACAAUAAUGAACAAAAUAAUAAACAAGACAAUGACAUUACAUCAAAAAAUAAAGACAAUGAUGUCGAGCAAACUAACGACGAAGAUCAUGUUCAUGAAUCACUCAAAGAUAUGUCAAAUUUUGUUGUAAAAAGAAUUUUACGUAAUAAUACGACUCAAAAACAAAUAGCUAUUGAAGGAACUUUCAAAGGUUGUGAUGGUAGUGCACUAGUUGUCCUCGAGAAAAAAGGAUUUCCUGAAGAACAAGUGUUGCUGGAGCAGGGGUUUUUUAAUUACGAGACUACUACUAAAAAAAUAUACCGCAAUGAUAUUUACAGAGGUUAUGAUUUAUUUCCAACAAACGAAUUCAAUGGACUUAAUGCGACUAUAACAUAUCCUGCUACGCUAAAGCAUAUUGAAAAAUUUACAACACCAGAGUAUUAUACUAUUGAAGAGACUCCAGAGCUGUAUGAAAAUGUUACUCUUCCUAUGUUAUCAAAUCAAUUUUCAUUGAAGUGGGUUGACAAUAUCCUGGAUGGAAAAGCAGAAGUUGAUCGAGUAAUUUUUAAUGACAAAGAUGAAAAAACAGGAUUUGUAUUAGUAAAAGAUUUAAAAUGGAAUGACGACAUAUCAGCAAUGUAUAUAAUUGCAAUAACUAGACAAAAAAUAAAGUCAAUUAGAGAAUUGAAUGAAACUCAUCUUCCUUUAUUGAAAAAUAUUAAAGAAGCUGGUUCUAAAGCCAUUGAAGAAAAGUACAAUGUACCGGCCAAUAGACUAAGAAUAUAUUUUCAUUAUCAGCCGUCUUAUUAUCAUCUACAUGUUCAUUUCACUGCUUUUACUGUAGAAAACGCAGGUACGCUAGUAGAACGCGCACAUUUGCUGUCUACAGUUAUCAGUAACAUCGAAAUGAUGCCGGACUACUACCAAAAAGCUACUCUAACAUUCCGUGUUUGUAAAUAUGAUGCUUAUAAACCUUAUGAAGAUUAUCUUAAGAAUGGAAAAACCGGGGGUAAAACGAACUCCGACGAAGACGACAGGCCGACAAAGCGCGCAAGAGUGUCCAUUUGAAUCACAAUGCAUUUUUUAAAAUUAUAUUGACAGAAGAAUAAAAAGUUUAGACUUAAAUAAUUUUUUUUUUAACAUACGACUUUGAUGAAAUAAUUAUUUUUGGUGAAAAAAUGUCUAUUUUGAAAAGAAAAAAAAAUAAAUUAAUA